AUGGUUCAGUCUCUUGAACAAAAUCAAAAAAUAAAACGUGACGUGUUGCGGGUCAUUGAUCAUUUGACGAGGUUACUAUGCUCAAGAAGUGCUGAUAUUCCUGGUGGAAAUGAAGAAAAGAGGCCUGAAUUGAUCUCAGUGGUAUCUCAUGACAAGAAAGAAGAAUUUCCAAAGACCCCAGUUAGGACUGGGAACCAUCUUAUUUCAACACCUGUUAAGACAAACACUUUUAUGGUUCUGCGGGUCAUUGAAGAUGUUGUUGCUUCAUCUGCUGAGCUUGCAAAAGCUUACAUGGGUAGUAGGACGCCAAAAGAAUCUGUAUCAAGGCCUGGACUACAAAAUCAAGUGUCUAGGGGAGAUUUAACUUGUCCAAGCAAUAAAAAUUUCCCUUCUAUGUCUUCCACAAUGUCACUUGUACCAAGAUCUUCCGGUCUUGUUGGUAAUCUUGGAAACAGUUUUGUGACCCCAAGAUUAAGGGGCAGGUCUGCAAUAUACAGCAUGGCACGGACACCUUAUUCCAGGGUUAAUUCAUCAACUCUCCUCAAGAGUUCUGGCACUGCAAGUGAUGCUUUUGGUGGAUCUUCAUCAUCAUCUGAGAGUGCUUGGGAGCAAAAGAGAAUUUCUGGGCUCUACACAAGGGUUUUAAAGCGCAGGAGUUCAGUAUUAGACAAUGAUAUAGGACCAGUUGAUCAGCAUGAUAUAGGUUUUAAAGCGCAUGAUAUUGGAUUGAGGAGGGAUAUCCAUAAGCUUCACUUUUGGAUCAGUUGGAUAAAACUGCCAAUAUUGCUAACAUUCCCCCUUUCUUUCUUUCUUUCUUUCAGCUGUGCUACUACUGCUCCUGGUACAACCAAUUAUUUGUCAGAUAAAACUGAUAAGGAGAGCAAUCUGAAUGGCAUCUUCUGUAGGACACCUGAAGCUGCAAUCACCUCUUCUGUAUCAACUUCAAUAUCAGCUGGAAGUAAGUUCAAGUUUGGUGCGUCAGCAGAUGGUUAUACCUUUUAUAAUGGGUCUUCUGCUUCUAGUCCUUUUUCGUUCUCUUCUCUGGAGCCUUCUCUAGUCCCGAGUAAUUGUCAAAGUUCCUCCAGUGCAACUGCCACCAAAAAUGACUCUUCUGCUGCUACCAUCACCUCUGCAAGUGCAACUGCAAAUGCCAGCAACAGCUUUACCAGCAGCCUCUCUGUGGAGGCUUCAAUCCCUUCCUUUACAGGUCCACCCGUUUUCAAGUUUUCAUCCUCUGGGGACCCAUCAACUUCAGUUUCAACAUUAUCAGCAACUUCAGGGGAAGCAACUGAAUCUAAGACACAGGAUACAAAACUUGGCAAUGUAGGUAUCUUUCCUUUUGGUAGUACAUCUGCUUUUACUGUCUCUGGAAGUAGUAUUUUUGGUGGUACAAGUGCUGCAAGCAGCUCUGCUGGUACAACAGCUGAAGUCGCAAGCUCUGGAACUAGCAGUUCCAGUGGUAUAUCUUCCACUAUUACGAACUCUGGAAGUGGCUUUUUCAGCAGCACAUUUUCCCCAGUGACAAGCACAAGCAAUGGUAUCUUCGGUGGUACAUCUGCAAGUACAAGCACAGGCAAUGGUAUCUUUGGUUGUACAUCUGCAACUACAAGCACGGGCACUGGUUUAUUUGGUGAUACAUCUGCAACUACAAGCACUGGCAAUGGCAUCUCUGGUGGUACAUCAGCAACAAGCACAGUUAGUAGUAUUUUUGGUGGUACGUCUUUCCCAGAAUCUGGUACAGGAAGUAGUAUUUUUGCCGCUAAAGCUGCAGUCACGAUCACUGGAAGCAACAUCUUUGGAUUCAGUGCUCCAGCUACAUCCACAUCUGCUUCACAAUCUCAGGGUUUAAAUCCUUUCAAUGCUGUUAAUACCCAAGCAUCUGCUGCAGGAACUGGCAUUGGUAGCUCAACUCAGAGCACGCCCAUUCAGUUCUCCUCAUUUGCAUCAUCUUCAUCUUUUGGAUUGACUGGGAAUGCAACCUUUUCCUCUGGCAGUUCGAUUUUUGGGUCUUCGGCAUCUGUAGCUAAACCUUUUAGUUCAGGUUCAAGUUUUGGAAUAAGUUCUUCCUUUUCAGAAACCAAGUCUCUGAGCUCUAGCAGUGGCAUUGCUGGUGGUGCGUUUGGUUCCACUUGGCAAGCUCCCAAGACACCCACAUUUGGUUCAUCAUCAGGAUUUUCUUUUGGAUCAUCAACUUCUGUUAGUGCUCCUAGUGGUGCAUCUUCUAUCUUUGGGUCAUCCACCGGUGCCUCUUCAAGUUCCAUAUUUUCAUUCACUUCCGCUGCAGCUGCCACUCCGUCACUGCCUGUGUUUGGUAAUACGAGUCCUGGCUUGGUGUUUGGGUCGACGCCCUCUAGUAAUAAUGAUCAAAUGGAAGAUAGUAUGGUGGAGGACACAGUUCAGGCUUCACCGGCUGUUGUGACAUUUAGUCAACAGCCAAUCUCACCACCCGCUUCUGGGUUCGUUUUUGGUUCAUCAAACCCACCAGCAGCAGGUUCUGUCCCAUUUGGAACCCGACCAAGCAUGGCCGCACCACAGAAUCCAUCUCCAUUUCUGGCUUCUGGUAGUCUGGAAUUUGGUGGUGGAGGGAGCUUCUCAUUGGGCACCAAUGGUGGUGACAAGUCUGCCAGAAAAUAUGUGAAGGUCCGCAAACAGCGGAAAAAGUAAAAAGGUUUAAUUACUUCGAGGCAACUCUUUCAUGCGAGAGACUUAAGUGAUUGAUUGAAUAAUUAUUCUGGCAGAUUAGAGGAGCUGCUGAUUGUUGCUGUAUGUUGUAGCCAUCAGAAUGUCAUUGAUGCCGGCACAAAUGUGAGGAGCUGUUAAAAAUGUUGCUGUUAUUUCAUGAUUUCUAUGGGAUGCUGGCAGAAGUUGGUCGCAAUUUUGUAUGUUCUUCCUGGUAAAAAAUUGAGACAACAUUUGGAACUGUACUACUAGUAUUAGUUAGCUGAUAAAUUUUCUGGUUUGAGCUAUUGUGCUUUUGGACUUGUUCUGUG